GGGCUCAGCAAGUCAGUGCCUUUCCUUUAAAUCCCAGAGUGUGGAGUCCCAUGUUAGAUCCUUCUCUGUGUGCUGCUGCUGCUUCUUCCUCAGCAAGAUGCCUCGAUCAUUCCUGGUGAAGAAACACUUCUGUGCCUCCAAGAAACCCAACUACAGUGAGCUAGAGAGCCAGACAGUUUAUAUCUCACCAUUCAUCUACGACAAAUACCCCAUACCUGUCAUCCCCCACCCGGAGAUCCUGACCACCGGAGCUUACUUCCCACCUAUGGUAUGGGACACCAGCUUACUUACCACCUUCUUCACCACCGACCCCGACUACAGCAAGUCCCCCAUCUCCACGUCCAGCGAUGACUGCAAGCCCCUGGACCUCACGUCUUUCUCCAGCGAAGACGAUGAGGGCAAGACCUCCGACCCCCCCAGCCCAGCGUCCUCGGCCACAGAAGCCGAGAAGUUCCACUGCAACCAAUGCAACAAGUCUUACUCUACUUUCGCUGGACUGUCCAAACAUAAGCAACUGCACUGUGACUCACAAACCAGAAAAUCCUUCAGCUGCAAAUACUGUGACAAGGAAUAUGUCAGCCUUGGGGCCCUGAAGAUGCACAUCAGGAGUCACACGCUUCCUUGCGUCUGCAAAAUCUGUGGCAAAGCCUUCUCCAGACCGUGGCUUCUACAGGGACAUAUCAGAACUCACACAGGUGAAAAACCCUUCUCCUGCACGCAUUGUAACCGGGCCUUCGCAGACCGCUCCAACCUCCGCGCCCACCUGCAGACGCAUUCCGACGUCAAGAAGUAUCAGUGCAAAUCCUGCUCCAGAACUUUCUCCAGAAUGUCACUCCUUCACAAGCACGAGGAGACGGGCUGUUCUGCAAGCCAUUGAACGCUGCCUUGUGCACAAUUGACUUUUUACAGACAGUGCAAAGGGAGUCGAGUCUCCCCCCCUGAGUUCAAAUAUUCCCUGGCUAUGCUGUAGCAAGCGAACAGCAAUCAUGUGGGGACCUAUUACACUUAAACAUGCUCUUAGGUGCCGAAAUUAUCUCUCUGUCUUCCAGACUUUCCUUGCAGUCUCCUAGAUAACACUACAUUCAUGUGUACACUACACAGUAUUUUCAAUGAACUGCAGAACUUUUGUCGCAAAAGAGAGAGAGAGAAAAAAAAUACGUUAUUUUUAACCUGUAUUUUUGGAAGCAGAGACUAAUUCCUCUAUUUUUUAUGAAGGACAGAAUGAAAGUGUUAGAAUAAAAAAGUGUCUUAUUUUUAUGAUCAUGUGUGUGUAUAUAUAUAUAAAUAUAUGCAAGGAAAGUACUUUUCAGCAAAAGGUGUUACUAUGCAAUAAUAAUAUCACACUUUACAGGGCAGCUGUGUGGAUGCGGCACAAUGAUGGAUCUUUUAGCGGCCGGUCCGGGAACAAUGGUCAGGAAAGCGAGAGCUUGUCGCUGUUACCAAAUAACAAUUGUGUUUACAAAGCUCUCCAGCACCUGUUAAUACAGCUCUU